AUGGCACGUACGGUAUGGGGAGGGGAGAACCCUGCGCUGUCUGACAGAGAACCUGUGUGUGGUGGCCCACUCCUGAUCAUGGGCAUCCAGAUCCGCUGGAGGGUGAACACCUACGAUGGGCAGAGCGCCACCAAGCUGCCAGCCAGCGUACUGCAGGUUGUGCUGGAGCUGAUCACCUCCGCCAAGGGCCUCUUCUCCCUGCUCAACAGGUACCAGUUUUCCCAGCUGAGCGGUUACACGGCCAGUAGGAACAUCAUCACCUACUGUAAACACCUGGGGACCACCGUACACAAGCGCUCAUUGCUUAUAGGAGUUCACAGGAUUUACCCUCCACCCAACAGGGCAACCCAGGAUUCCGCUGUUUACGAGAAAGAGAAGGACAUCAUCUCCAUCUGUCGUCAGCUGGUGGCUGUGUGUGAUGAGAUCCUGAACUGCAGUCCAGAGGCGCUCCUUACCCACACUGCCCUGCUGGAGAGGGUUGACCUGGUGCCUGUCUCCCCCGGUGACCACCUGUCACCCGCUGAGUUCUGUGACAAGAUAUUAGCUGGGGACGAGGUGAUCCAAGUCAAUGACCAAAUAGUGGUUGGCUGGAGCAGGAAUAACCUGUUGAAGAAACUACAGGAGAACCCCGGUGGGGUGACGCUGGUCCUCAAGAAGAUCCCUGUGUCCCUGAGACUCAAAGACACACCCCAACAGCCCCCUUGCCCACAGGAGGAGGAGGAAGAGGAGGAGGAAGAGGAAGAGGAGGGAAACCAGAGAUUCUCUGUAUUGGAGAGAGUAGCAGCCUCAGUCAGGUCCCUGUCAUUCAGGGCAGCGGUUCAGGGGCCAGUGGUGAGCCAGCCCAUGGGCCAGGAGGAGUCAGAGCUGUCCAAUGACAGGGGAUUGGACGGCAGCCUGACGUACACCUCACACCCCCACCACCAGGGGGAGCUCUCCUACCUGUCUGCAGGAGAAGCCAAGGGUUUUGAGGGGUUCAGCCCCAGGCCCAGGGGAGAGGGCUCUGUGCCCCCCAGAAGUCCGUCCCCCCGGGUACUAGAGCUAAGCAGAGCUAGCAUCAGUUCCUGCCCUGAGAUGGGCGGAGACAUGGAUGAUAAAGAACCACAAAAGGUGUCUACAAAAGGCAAGUGUACAGCGAUGAGCAGGCGGCGUGUGUCGUGUCGUGAGCUGGGUCAGCCCGACUGUGAUGGCUGGCUGUGGAAGAAGAGGAAGGAGAGCAGUGUGUUCAUGACCCAGAAGUGGCAGCGCUUCUGGUUCGUCCUCAAGGGCCCCACUCUCUACUGGUACACCAGCCAGCAGGAGGAGAAAGCAGAGGGCCUGGUUCAUAUCUCCAGCUACAACAUAGAGAGUGCAGGAGAACACAAGAGGAAGUAUGUCUUCCAAAUGUGUCACCAGCGCUUCCAGACUUUCUUCUUCGCCGCUGAGAAUGUCAAAGACAUGAGCAAAUGGAUCAACUGUCUGAUCACAGCCAUACAGAAACACAAGAAGUUCCACAAAGGACCACCGGACAGCGAAGAGGAGUGUUACAGUGAGACGGAGUCAGAGGAUGAGGGUUCUUCUUCUUCUCCACGAAGAAACAAGAUCUACACGAAAACCCUGUCCAAUACACUGCCUCGGGCCAAGAAGGAGAAGGAGAAGGAGAAGGAGAAGAAGAACAAGGUUCAGGUUCCCGCUCCACCCCCAGGACGCAGCAGAAGCCCGGGUACAGUAGAGCACCUCUCUGUAUCGCCACAAGCAGGAGCUCCGGAGGAUGAGAUGGGCGUGCUGUUCCACGGGCUGAAGGAGGGCGGCGUGUCCCUGAUCGGCAGAAAGCAGCCACAGACCCACGACCACUUCCGAAAGUCCUUCAUCCGGCGCAACAACAACCCGGUCAUCAACGAGAAGGCCCACACACUCCGCGCGCUGCAGAGCACACUCAAGGAUAAAGAGGCGGAGCUCCAAAUCAUAAACAAGGUGCUGGAGGACUCUGCGCUGACGUCCCAGAAGUACCGCCAGUGGAAAGAACAUAACAAAGACUUACACCUGGAGAUCGAGAAACUGUCCGUCCAACGGGCUAAAGCUGUAGCCAAGGUAAAGGACACACCCCCUGGAUCGUCUCCUGGGGAGAUGGGGGAGGCGGUUGCCGUGGAAACAGAGGGCGCAUGUGGACUGAGCCUUGGUGACGGGGAGAUGCUUGUGGACGCGGAGCCAUCGUUGUCGAGCACGAUGAAGAACGCAGCAGGCGACUCAGAUGUUGAGCCACAGUCAGAGCAAACAGCGACUGCAGGGAGCAGCAUAGACAACGUAGCUAGCCCAGAAAAUUUAUUCUACAUAUGAGACACCACUGGACUGAUCUGAUGGUGGUUUCCCUACUUACCAUCAGAUAAUUAUGAUUAGGGCCUGGAGUGUUUCUCGACCAUAUGACCUAACCAGGAAAAACUCAUAGCUGUAGUUAUAGCUGUGAUUCAUGACUUUAGUAAUAGCUGUGAUUUUGUUAUGGCGUUUUUCCUGGUCAGGUGAUGUGGUCAGGAUAAACACUGGGCCCUCAGGGGUUUUGUUUUAAAUCGUUUUUUGACUGUUGUUGAUGUACGAAAGACAGGGUUUGUCUAUCCAAGCCAAUUGUAUCACGCCAAACCUGCGGAAUUCAAGUUACGGUAUUCAAAUGACAAAAAACAAACCAUUUUUCCAAGUGUCCCUCUGUGUUGAUAGA